CAGAGGCCCCGCCCCCUCGGCCUGCCCCACCCCCAGGUCCGCCUAACCCCGUCCAGUCCCUCCAGCCGUGGCUUGGCCGGGCUCGGCGCUAGGCGGGCGUUACCGCGCCAGCAGUCCUGUGGUGGCGACAACGAUGGACCGGAAGCCAGUGAGCCGUGCGGAGGGAGGAGAAGCAGGGGCUGCCUCGGGAGCUGCGGCCGCCGCUCCGUUCAGGGAAUCGGCACAGCAGAUGAGUAAUGAAAGAGGCUUUGAAAAUGUAGAACUAGGAGUCAUAGGAAAAAAGAAGAAAGUCCCAAGGAGAGUCAUCCACUUUGUUAGUGGUGAAACAAUGGAAGAAUACAGCACAGAUGAAGAUGAAGUUGAUGGCCUGGAGAAAAAAGAUGUUUUGCCUACUGUUGAUCCGACAAAACUUACCUGGGGCCCCUACUUAUGGUUUUACAUGCUUCGUGCUGCCACAUCAACCCUCUCAGUGUGUGACUUUCUCGGAGAGAAGAUUGCAUCUGUUUUGGGCAUCAGCACCCCAAAAUACCAGUAUGCCAUUGAUGAGUAUUACCGGAUGAAGAAGGAGGAAGAAGACGAAGAAGAAGAAAACAGGAUGUCGGAAGAAGCAGAAAGACAAUACCAGCAAAACAAGCUGCAGGCUGAUUCCAUUGUUCAGUCAGAUCAACCAGAAACACUUGUAUCCAGUUCAUUUGUGAAUCUCAAUUUUGAAAUGGAAGGAGAUUGUGAAGUAAUUAUGGAGAGCAAACAAAAUCCAGUCUCUGUCCCUCCGUAGAAUGAAAUGACUAUCAAACUUCUAAGGUAGUUUUUAUACCAGGAACUUUCACACUCUCUAUUCAAUGGGACUUAAUAGUUAUUUAUAUUUUAAAUUAUUAAGUUAUCUGGAAAGGGAAGAAUGUUUCUUUAUUCUUAGGCUCUAUCUAGCAAAAGCCAGAUCUGAAAUUUGGAUAUUUGUACUAUGCUUUUACUAUGUCAAAUUAGUGCUUUGGUUUUAAAAUGAUCUUUUAAAAAAAGUUAAGGACAUUCUAGAACCCUAACCACCAAUUAAGAAGAGUUAAAUUAUCAAGCUUGUCUGUUAUUUGUGUAAGAAAAAAGAAUAGUUAAGUUGCUGAAUAAGGCUAACUGGAGCUGAUAUUCAUAGUCUCAUAUUAAAAUGAGGAUUUUUCCCUAGAGCUUCUCAUGUUAUGUCUUACAUUUAUAUAUCUAACCAUUCAUUUCAUACUAAGGAUGGUUCACUGAAUGUGUAAUAAAAGGAGCAAGAUGAAAGCAUUUUGAAUUUUCUUUCCUUGAGAAUUAACUUUAUUUCAUGGGAAGGUGAUUGAGUUUAUAACACCACCAAAUAUUAAGAUGGGUUUCCAUUUUUUAAUGGUUAAUCUUACUUUCUCUUUCAGUAGUUAUUCAAACUUAAAUAAUGUUAAAAACACUAGUUAUGGGAUGAGUUUAUUAAUGUAUUUGUAUUCAAAUGGUAAUACCUAGUGAUUACCCAUAUGGCAUCCUGUUUAUGUGACUCUUUCAGCCCUGAAUGCCUCCUAUGGGUCAAGAUUGGGGGACAGAUGAAGACUUAACCCUCCAGGGCUCACUGUUACAUAUUGUACAAUGUGCAAUGGUAGCAUGAUGAAGUUACCUGUCAUUCACCACUUCGAAGCAACAACAGUAGAUGCUUUGCUUGACCCAGCUGGCCAUCUCUGUACCCACUGUUCCAUUAGCAGACCUUACAAAAGUAUAAUAUGAAACUAAUUUUGAAAAUACUCCCAUAUGUGUUCAGAUAUCUGUAUGACUUAGAUUUAUACCUAAAUGUGGGUAAGGAGAAAUAUGUAGAAUAUUUCAGAUAUGCUGCUCUUAAAAACCUAUUCACAAACUUAGAGUUUUUAGGAUUAAUGGUUGUUAAUAGCCUUCUAAAUAGCAUUAAGCUUUCAAUCUUAACUAUAUCUGUAUAGCUUCAAAGAAACAACAUAGCUACAGUGGGCUUAUUAUGGAAUUCUGUUAGCAAUGAACAUGAACAUCUGCCCACUAAGUUCUUCAGCUGAAAUUUGAAGGAUUUAGGAAAUAUAAUUCUUCACUAGGAAUCCUCAGUUACAUGGAUUCAUGGUAUGGUGGUUCAUAACAUGUGACGGUGAUCUUUUUGGUCAUGGGUAUAAACUAUAUAAUUUAGUGCUUAAAGGAUUGUCAGAUUAUGUAAUGUCAUAAAUUAUAGUUUACCAGUAGCUUUAAAGAGUGCUAAUCUGAUGUGUUCCCUAUAAUUUUUUAUCUUCAUUUGAGAAGAUAUUCAAGCUCAAAUAUUUAUUUGGUUAUCCUGUAAAGGCAAGCAUAUCCAAAGGCGUUCUGAAUCUUCUCUCCCUAGAGGCACUAGAUCUAAAAGAGUUGACUCAGAAACUUUUCUGAUUGUUAGUAGAAGGAAGAUAAUGAUUAAAGUUUUACAUUUCUUGAAUUUUACUUUUUCUACUUGUCCAACAGUGGCCAGUUUGUAAUGUUUAUAUAGUUAUUCACUGUGCCUUAAAUUUUUAUACUUUUUAUUUAUGCAAACUAUAAAAUUUCCCAUAAAUGCA